GCGGAGGCGGAGGCGGAGGCGGAGGCUUCAGAGAGAGCGGAUAUGAUGGCGGAGCAGCAAAGAGGGACGACUGGGCGAGGAGUAGCGACGGUGGCACGAUCACCAUGAUGGUCAACAAUAGAGAUCUGGGACGUAUCAUCGGAAAAGGUGGAUGCAAAAUCAGAGAGCUGCAAGAUAACUCAAGCGCCAGAAUAAAGAUUCGCAAGGAUGAUUCAGAUGGUAGAGAAACACCAGUGGACCUUAUUGGGAGCCCUGAUUCUACAAGUAUGGUAAAAAGCAUGAUUGACGAGCUUUUGCAGUCAAAUACGAGAGGUUUUGGAGAUGGUUCAUGGAAUGGUGACUGGCAGAAAGACCCCAUUACAAUAAUGGUUAACAAUAGAGAUCUGGGGCGUAUUAUUGGUAAAGGUGGGGCUAAAAUCAGAGAACUGCAGGAUGACUCGGGAACCAGAAUUAAAAUUCGCAAGGAUGAUUCGGAUGGUACCGAAACACCUGUUGAUUUAAUAGGAAGCGUUGAGGCGACAUGUGCAGUAAAAUCCAUGAUUGAAACGAUCCUAGUUGCUGGCCAGACGUACUAACCAGGUUACACAAAGAGUACACUCACUGUUAGCACUAGCUGGUCCGAAGAAUGGUUAAGGUAGAUGUUGGGGGGGGGCAGUGUUAGUUUAAGAGUUGGUGUAAUUGUUAAGGUACAGCCAGGUCACAGUGGCAAGAAAAAUCGGACCAUUCCAUAGAUAAGAUUAAAGAUAUUGGUAAGACCUGAAUACAUGCCUUCUCUUGUAAAAGUUUGUUGGCAAAGAUGAGCAGAAAGGCUAGAAAUGUGCAUGAUUCAUCAUCAUGUUUAUGUACAUUGUGAAUGUAAGUUUUCUUGAGCUCGGUUUCAUCAAGAGUAUGGGUAUAUUCUGAGGUAUGAUGUGUUUCCAGAUUUAAUACCAAAGUGCGAUAAAGUUUAUGACUACAUUUUGUAUCUAUGCCAAGCAAUGCUUUUCAAAAUCACAGUAGUUGUAUUUUCUAGAAUACAAUUAUUAUUUGGCAAUGCAAGACUAUGACAAAACAUGGGUGCUCUUUUAGCAAACACAUGCUGUAGCUAGUAUUCUCCAGUCUGGUGUUGUGGAAUGAUAAAUUAAUGAUGUCCAUGUAUAAGCUAUCGUAACUGGUUGAUCUUAUGAUUAUGUAACACAGUGGAUCUACUUGUUCAUGUACAUGCAGUAAGUAUUGCUGCGAUACAGUAUGGUCACGGUAUACAAUUAGCUCAAUAUCAAGGUUUGCAUGUAAUUGCAAGAGAUAAUUAAUUCGACAAAAUGACCUAUUAUUACAAAGGUGAUCCUGAAUGUAAAGAGUUUAUUUCAUGGAAUUGCAAUAAAAAUCGCAAAAUUUUUAAAAAAAA